CUUGCAGCUCUCUUUCUCUUGCAGCUCCAAACUCCAGCUGUUUCUUUACCUACUGGGAGUCGGAGCAAUAUUCCCACCCCGAAAAAAAAAAUACACAGGACGAUAAACAGGGAGGGACGCUGAAGGACGAGGAGAGGAGAGGAGAGGAGAACCGCUGUCGCAGAGGAACAGGAGGAGAGAGGGAAACAGACGCAUCUGCGGCUCGUUCAAAAUUCUUAAGAUGCCAGCAUUUUCUCACCGACUAAGAGGAAUAAAUCCCGGGGCAUCAUGACGGAUUGCGUCUUGUUCAAUUCUUUGCACUUUGGUUGUUUUUUUGUAGACGCACAUUUGGGGAAACGCUUAAAAAACUAAUAUUAUUUUGCUUUAAAGAAAUCCAUCGGACAGUUUGCAGCACCUCUGGGAGCAAAGUGGAUGCAUUAAAGGAGGAAAGGAGCGCUGAUCUCCUUCUCCAUUAUAUAAAUGUUUGCGUGCCAUUAGUGCGCUUCUCUUUCACGCACACGCGGCCAGACGUGGACAUUGAUCUGUCACACAUGUGGUCCUAAUAACAAGGACGGGCCUCACCCCCCACCCCUUUCCCUCUCCCCCCAAUCCUCACCCCACUGUCUGAUGACUCCCCCUUGCACAGGUGGACGUGGAACGGAGCCGACUGUAGCAUCAUCUUCCUCAGCAUCAUCCUCCUCCUCAGCACCAGCAUGUCCUCGUCGUCGCGCAAGAUUUCCUCCGAGUCAUUUAGCAGCUCGGUGGGCUCAGACUGUGGGCUGGAGAGCCCCGGAGGAGACGGAGGGGACGGCGCUUUGGAGCCGGCUGAUGAGAGCCGGGGCUGCCCGUUCUCCUCCUUCCCUUCGGCCCACAGAGCGGUGCUGUGGAACGGCCGCAGCCCCGCUGAGAGGCCGGCGUGCCCGGCGAGAGAGGAGCAGCAGCAGGGACCCUGCGGGCCCCACAAGAGGGCCACCAGGCGGCGAAGGGUCAACCUGGACUCGUUGGGGGAAAGCCUGAAACGACUCACUUCACCCACGACACAGACUGUUCAGGAGGCUCUACAUCGAACUCUGCAGUUUUACAGAAAACAAGAGAUCAGGUGUCAGAAUGAAGAAGGUGGGGAAAGGCAGCACGAGAAAAAGGAGAAGUGCCUGUUUCUUGAAAACUCUGGUUCAGAGGAAGAUGUCCUACAGAUUCUGCAGUAUAUGGCCACAAUAUUAGGAGUGCCAUUCUGUGAGCUGCGAGAGCAUUUUGGGGAGGAGUUCUUUGGUCUCUGUUUCGAAGAGAACGAGCGAGUGCUGCGGGCUGUAGGUGGCAACCUUCAGGAUUUCUUCAAUGGUUUUGACGCCAUUUUAGAACACAUUCGCACCUCCACGGGGCGCCGAGCCUCCUCCGAGAGCCCUUCCUUUCAGUGCAAGGACCCCCGCGAAGAGGAGAAAGAUAGAGGGAAAUUGGAGAAGCUUGGAAAUCGUGGCAGCAGAGACAGCAGAGGGAAGGUGCUGUUUCUUCACUGUUUCAACCCUGCACCUGUUGUGGGAUUAGUUAUGCCAGGUUUGAUUAGAGCUGUCGCCAGGCGGAUCUUUCAUUCAGAGGUUGAAGUGGAAGAGGUGCCACCUCUAACUCCCCUGCUGCCAAAUGAAGAUGCUGAACAAACAGACUGUGAUUCUACAACCCCCACUCCCACAGCGUCCCCCACUGCUUCACCCCCUUCAUCCCCGUCCCCUCCAUCCCUUUUUCCAACUUCAAUCCCCACAGUUUGUCUAUCCUUCUUAAUCCAAGAGACUUGCACUUCUCCUCUCUCUUCCAUCCCAAAUUCGGCAUCUGUCAGCACUAACCGCCCCCCACUUCACCUAUCUACUAAUCCCAGCGAUCUUCGCAUUUCCCUGGCUACGUUCUGCCGUGCCUUCCCUUUUCACCUAGUCCUGGGGCAUCGCAUGGAGCUGCUGCAGCUUGGAGAAGGACUGAGGAAACAGGCUCGCAUUGAGCCUCACAGGAUUCUCUCAUUCAGGGACUGUUUUGAGAUAGUCUCACCCAAGAUGGAACCCUCUUUCCAGGGCAUACUGCUGAGACUUGCUUCGCCAUUUACUAUCCGUACCAGGCCCGACCCCAUGCAAGCUGGCACUAAGGAGAAGGUUAUGGAGCUAAAGGGUCAGAUGAUCCAUGUCCCUGAGUCCUGUUCCUUGAUGUUUCUGGGUUCUCCGCGAGUUGAUAAGCUAGAGGAGCUGAUGGGCAGGGGUCUCCAUCUGUCAGACAUUCCCAUCCAUGAUGCCACUCGAGAUGUUAUCCUGGUAGGAGAGCAAGCCAAGGCCCAGGAUGGCCUAAAGAAAAGAAUGGACAAAUUAAAGGCUACCUUAGAGAGGACUCAUCAAGCUCUGGAGGAAGAAAAAAGGAGGACAGUGGAUCUCCUCUAUUCCAUAUUUCCGGGUGAUGUGGCGCAGAAGCUGUGGCAGGGUCAGCCAGUGCCAGCGCGUAAAUUUAAUGAUGUCACCAUGCUUUUCUCCGACAUCGUGGGCUUUACUGCUGUGUGUGCCCACUGCACACCUAUGCAGGUUAUCUCAAUGCUGAACGAGCUCUACACUCGCUUUGACUACCAGUGUGGCAUUCUGGAUGUUUAUAAGAUUGAAACAAUCGGGGAUGCCUACUGUGUGGCAGGCGGACUUCAUAAGAAGGUUGAUAGCCAUGCAAAACCAAUUGCACAAAUGGCUCUUAAAAUGAUGGAGCUUUCUGAGGAAGUACUGACGCCUGAUGGGAAACCUAUCAAGCUAAGAAUAGGCAUCCACACCGGCUCAGUACUGGCAGGCGUAGUCGGGGUUAAAAUGCCACGAUAUUGCCUGUUUGGGAACAAUGUGACCUUAGCCAGCAAGUUUGAAUCAGGAAGCCAUCCAAGGUGCAUCAAUGUUAGUCCAACCACCUACCAAUUGUUGAAAGACGACCGCUCUUUUUCAUUCAUCCCUCGCUCUCGGCUGGAGCUCCCGGACAAUUUUCCCAAAGAGAUUCCAGGGACAUGUUACUUCCUGGAGGCAGGGACUUCCCACAGCCAUGCCUCACUUACCAGCUCUCGCUCGGCUCCUCCGGCCUCUAUGAGGAAGGUCUCCUACAGCAUCGGGACAAUGUUUCUAAGAGAGACCAGUUUGUAGAUUCAUACACAGGUGUUCAAAAUGUGAGGGACUGAACUUAAACCCCAGAAACAUACCGGAAACCAGACACUCCGAUUUGUGGUUAUGCAAAUGUGUCAUGUUAAAAGUGGGAUUUACACCUGAAAUGACAAAUACUUUCAUCGUAGAUGAAAGAGAACAACUGUUCCCAUCUCCUUCUCUGAGCAGUGGGGAUUUUCUUCAAAGGACUAAAGGAACACUGGUCCUGUAUCUAUCCUCCAAGAGGUGGACUGAUAUAAUCAAAUAUUGGAGAAACCUGCGGACCAAGCUGGACGUCUCAGCUACUGCUCUGGUGUCUCGCUCUCUCUUAAGCAGGCCACAUUCAAAUCUGUGUCCGGAUUGACAGAACUGGGUUAAAACUGACAGAGACCGCACUUCAUGACAACUGUUGCCCUCAUUCGCCAUGUGCAAACAGAACAAAUACCCCGUUUCAGUUUUAAGGUGGGUGCUGAAGAAUGAAAUUUGUAUGACUUUCUGUCCAUCAUAUUCUAAUGUCCAAGACAAACGUCUCAUGGAAAACAGUUCAACUCUCCCCGUCCUUCCUUUGCAUCUGUCUUUAAGUCAUGUUAUGCUUUACUGAUUAUAAGAGCUGCGGCUCAAACCUGUGACAUUGGGUCGGCUUGAUGGGAUUUAAAAAAGGAAACAAUGAGAUCUGUUUUAAACAGAUCAUUUCAACAUUUCAACAACAAAUACCAACCAGAAUAAUACUAACCCAAAUUCACAGCCUUUUUUUUGUGACACCCAGCAAACUUAACUAGAAUAUACUCUAAUAUAGGGGAGUGCUAGUAACAGAAAUGAGAAUAGAUAACUGAAGUUACUGUUUGGCUUUUUUAUUUUUAUUUUACUUGUAAUUCUUUGUUUUUAGCAUAUUUCAUGAUUUGACCUCUUAUUGAUAAGUUCAUUUGUUUGCAUUUACCAGCUUUUGCUUUCUUUUUUUUUUUUUUUUGCCUAUCAGCAUUUUGACCUACAAGUAGCAUGUCUAAAAGCUUUGCUUUUUAGGACGGACCUACACAUGUUUCUGCAGUUUGCUUUGGAUGACAUCAAUGCAGACAGAUGUUCAUGAGCAGACAUAUUCCUGGCUUCAUCUUUUCAGGUCCACAUGAUUAACGGAUUGAUGUGUGUUGUAGUUUGUUGAGCUGGAAAAUUAGAAAUGUGAUUUUCAUCUACCGGUAAUUGUGCUGUUCAGAAACACUGAUAUAAAAGUCCUGCAUUCACUUAGGCCUGUGCAAAUUUCACCAAUAUACUAAACUCAAAAUUUCUCAUACCCCUCUUAGAUUUAGAUCUUGAGUUAUUUUUUUUAGGUCAUUUUCAUGACAUCCAGUUCUCUGAAAAAUGUUUUCUUGCCAUCACCCUGAUCUUUAGCUGCUUUCAAAGAUUCUUUACCAUAUUUUAACUAGGAAGCAAAUCCCUGACUUAUACUGCUUGUGUCUCCAUUACGUGCUUUGUUUCAGGGCUGUUUAACAUCAGAAAUGCUCUAAUUUGCUCUGAUCCUUAAUGAAGGCGGGAGGUUUUUCUAGAAGCAUGCAUGAUAAAGCCGGUGAUACACGCUGAAGCCAGACUGAGAAAACAUUUGCUAGAUGGAUGUAAACACAACAGUUAAAACUCCUUUACUGUUUUUUGUUGUUGUUCCUGCAUCAAGAUAUUUACACUGUUGAGUAGCUUACACGAAGAAGCUCAUUUUGCUUAUUUUGGCGCAUUAAAUGUGUUUAUCAUAUGCAAAGUUGUAUGUUACACAAUUAGACGUAUAGAUAUUUGAAUAAAUGACUAUAUUAUUAGUAUAGUAAGGCCUUUGAGAAAGUCUAGCCUUUGGGGAAUUAUUUUGAAAAUACAGUUGGUUUCUUUGGUAGAUUGUUGUGCACAAUUCAAAAAUGACUUUACACCUAAAUCUGCCAGGGGUGUGAAGAAUUUGGACUUUAUUAAAGAUAGAAAUCCAUUAUGCCUAAUUGCCAAGAUCGAGGAUGACUUGCUAAAUAAAAAAUACAGAUCCAAAUAAGGUCAUUUUAAAUCGACCUUCAUAAAGUAGAAAUGUUUGUUUGAAGAGUUGGUUUUAUCAGUAUCUCACAGACUUUAAUCAGUUAUUAUAAUCAUAUCUUUUGUAAUUGAAUCCAGUAUCAGAAGUGUAAACAUUGGUUAAAGAAAGAGAGAAAAGUGUCAUAUUUCUAUUGUAAUAAGAAGUACACGAACAUUCUUAUCAUCACUGCUUAUUUUAACACAUGUUCAGAAAUGAUAGUGGCUGCAUUUGCUUAAACAACAGCUUCCUAUGUCCUUAUUUACUUCUUAUCAUAAAGAAAGCUUUGAGUUUUUUUCUCUUUAUAAUUCAUUACCAACUUGAAGUCCUUUAUAUAACCGUACUUCUCCAUAAAUGGAUUGGAAGAAAAGUAUCCUUACAUCUUGAAAAAUUAUGUAGCAGGACUUUACUAAAUAAAAUGUGCCAAUUUCUUUCAAAGAUGCCACCAGCACAGAUAAGUCAUGAUUUCUUCAGUAACAGUGUGGUCUGUGUGUGUCAUUCAGAAAGAUCGUUGACCAGGUGUAAGAUAUUUUUUUAACUGAAAUAUGCCUGGUAAAAAAAAUCAACUACUGUAUUUUUAAUGCAAAAAAUAUUGUGAAUACAAAAAAACUCCCACCUCCCUUUGUUUCUUUUAAUGAGUAGUGUACAAUGUAACACCAGCCUAAAAAUGCAAUAUUUUAUAUAGGGAGAAAUAAUGAAAAACAAAAGUAUACUUUUAACAUACCUGAGGAGUGAAUUAUUGUCAUUGUGUGUAUAUUUAAAUAAAUGAGUAAAUAAACUGAUGAAUAUAGAUUUAUUAAAGAGACGUUAAAGAAAAAAACAAGAAUACAGCAGGUCAAAUUAGAUAAAUUUUGAUUAAAAAAAAAAAAGGUUAUUUUUUUCGUCUGAGAUUUCUUUCAGAUUUUAGGUCAGCGUCCUAACAUCUCAUCAGUGUGUUUUAUCUGCAGCAUUUGGCUUACUAUAUUCUAAUUCCUUUUUCAUCAAAUCAUGUUGAAAUACAGACGCUAUCCUUGGAUUAAACAUUAACACAGCUUUAGGUAAGAAGGAUUGGACUCUAAGGGGACAUUGUUGUUCUUAAAUGAACACACAGCCUUUUUUGUAAAGAGGAGGGAAAUGGGAAAAGGUUAGGUUUAAAAAACAUUCAUUUUUGAAUAUACUAGUUAUAUACACCCUUAUGUUGUAUA